AUGCCAACGAAAACAGUCGAAAGCCGCAUCCCAGGCAGAGUUGAUCUGCUUCGCGGACCAGAACACCAGGAACAGGACUACGAAAAGCUCGUCCGGGAUCUCGUCGAGCAGAACUUUGACGACUGGCCAAACGAGGCCGGUUUCGAAGGACUCACAGAGGUCCGUGGCCCUGUCGAGCUCAAAGUGAAGGGCUAUUUCCCACCCUGGAUCGCUGGCACGCUCUUCCGCACAGGACCAGGCCAGUACGAUAUUGACAAGACAUCGAGUGGCCGCCCGUAUCGCACGACGCACUGGUUCGACGGCUUUGCGCACUCGCACAAAUUUGAGAUCAUUCCUCCAGGACCUGAGAACCGCGAUGGUCCCGUACGAGUCGAGUACUCGUCUCGACGACAGGCUGAGAAGCUCAUCGAGACAAUCAAGCAGGACGGCCAGCGGGAUCGAUACAUUUCCUUUUCGCAGCGCCGCGACCCCUGUGUGGGAAGGAUGGGCAAAUUCAUGACGGUGUGGCGACAUGGAAGUGCCCCAGAGAAGCAGCCGGAUGAGGACAACUCGUGCGUCACUGUUAUUACAAACGUGCCAGGUCUCGGGCCGCUGAAGAACGGGUCAGCCGCGACCGAGUCUGGGCAUCGAGCAGGUGUCAAGAGCGUGUGGUUGACGACAGACUCGAACACGAUGAAGCAGGUCGAUCGGGACACGCUCGAGCCAAUUGGGCUGGCAGAACAGAAGGAAUUACAUCCAUUGCUCAAGGGCCCGAUGAGUUGCGCUCAUGCUCAUGUCGAUCCUGAGACCGGCGAUCUCUUCAACUACAAUCUUGACCUGAGCAAGACAUCCACCUAUCGCGUUUUCAGGGUGAACGCGGCCACCGGCACCACCGACAUCCUCGCCACCAUCUGCCGGACUGAUGUCCCGCCAGCUUAUGGCCACUCCUUCCUGCUGUCCAAGUCCUUCGUUAUUCUGUGUGUCGGCUCAACACACAUUAGCCAGAUGGGCCUCAGCGUGGUGUGGAACCGCAAUAUUGCCGACUCGAUCGAGCCGUUUGAUGAGUCGAAGCGGUGCAAGUGGAUCGUUGUGGACCGCCGGCCCGGCCGAAGCGGCGUGGUCGGCACCUUCGAGACGCCAGCAGGCUUCUUCUUCCAUAGCGUCAACGCGUUCGAGGACGACGAGGACGACAAGACCGGCGACAUCAACUUGUACUGUGAUGUGCUGUACUACCCAACGCUGGAUAUAAUCCGGAGCUUCGAGCUGGACAUCAUCCGCGGGACCAACAACGGCAAGGGCAAGUACGACGAUGCAUACACCCAAAAGGGAUUUUGGGCCGACGAGCAGAGAAACCGGAACAGCCUGCCGACAUUUGUUCGGCAAAAGUUUGUCAUACCGGGCACUAAGAAGAGUAAUCGAGCAAGCUGGGUUCCCUGGCCUGUCACCACUGCCGUGGACUACGUCACUGGUACUGGCGGAAGCAGCUGGCGGACUGGCGAGAGAUUGUGCGCAAUCAAGGCCCCUCACGUGGGUGAACUGCCCACAAUCAACCCGGCUUACUCGACGCGGCGGUACAGGUAUUUCUACAGCCUGCCGAACACGGGCAAGACGGCACUGCUGGACAGCAUCGCCAAGACGGACAUUGACACGCAGAAAUCGCUGUUCUGGGAUAACCCGAAAGGCCACACUCCGGGCGAAGCGAUUUUCGUGCCGCGGCCGAAGGGUGCGGCGUGGGGUUUUGACAAGGAGGCGGGAGUGCGAGGCGACAGUGAUGAGGAGGAGAGGGCGGAAGAUGACGGCGUGUUGCUGAGCGUGGUGCUGGACGGAUUCGGCAAGACGAGCUACCUGGUAUGCCUGGAUGCCCGGACGAUGAAGGAGGUUGGGAGAGCAGAGUGUGACUGGGCCAUUGGGCAUGGGUUCCAUGGGAUGCAUGCUGCUGCUGUUGUUUCAGCGCCAUAG